UCUUACUGGCCACUACUAUUCCGGGUGUUUCCAAUCACGCCGUGUUUCCGUCGCCUUUCCCAUUUUAAUCAUUAUUAUUCUCUCAUUCUCCUUUCCAAUUCCAUGGUUGUUGCUUCAAUCUUUUCACACUAACCAAACCAAACCAAACCAAAUCUCAUUUCAAAACCCUAACAAAUCAAAAUUCACCAAUGGCACGAAGAUCCAUACCGAUCCUCAAACAUCUCUUAUCAUCAACCCGAUCUCAAUCCCAAUCCGAACCAUUCAAUUCAACUUUCAAACGAUGCGUAACCUAUAUGCACCGUCCCGGCGACGGAACACCACGUCCUGUAACCCUAAUCCCCGGCGACGGAAUCGGACCACUUGUAACCGGCGCCGUUGAACAAGUCAUGGAAGCGAUGCACGCGCCUGUUUAUUUCGAGAAAUUUAUUGUUCAUGGUGAUAUGAAAGCUGUUCCUACCGAAGUUCUUGAAUCGAUCCGUAAAAAUAAGGUUUGUCUUAAAGGUGGAUUGAUUACUCCUAUGGGUGGUGGUGUUAGUUCUCUUAAUGUUCAGCUUAGGAAAGAGCUUGAUCUAUAUGCUUCUCUUGUUAAUUGCUUUAAUUUACCUGGUUUGGCUACGAGACAUGAUAAUGUUGAUAUUGUUGUUAUUCGGGAGAAUACUGAAGGGGAGUAUGCUGGUCUUGAACAUGAGGUUGUUCCCGGCGUCGUCGAAAGUCUUAAGGAGGAAGCUCCUUGUAACCCCAGAGCAAGUGCUCCUCAGGGAAGAGACAUUUCUCUCUCUGACCAAACCUCUCAGGUGAUAACGAAGUUCUGUUCUGAGCGUAUUGCUAAAUAUGCAUUCGAGUAUGCUUACCUGAAUAACAGAAAGAAAGUGACUGCUGUCCACAAAGCAAAUAUAAUGAAGCUUGCAGAUGGUUUGUUCUUGGAAUCUUGUCGAGAGGUUGCCACCAAGUAUCCUGGCAUUAAAUAUAAUGAAAUUAUUGUGGAUAAUUGCUGCAUGCAGCUUGUUUCGAAGCCUGAACAGUUUGAUGUCAUGGUCACCCCAAAUCUGUACGGAAAUCUAGUUGCAAAUACUGCAGCAGGCAUUGCUGGAGGCACUGGAGUUAUGCCAGGAGGCAAUGUUGGGGCUGAGCACGCAGUUUUUGAGCAGGGUGCUUCAGCAGGAAAUGUUGGUAAUGAAAAAGUAGCAGCACAAAAGACAGCCAACCCAGUAGCGCUCCUUCUCUCAUCAGCUAUGAUGCUUAGGCAUCUCCAAUUUCCUGCAUUUGCUGACCGUUUGGAAGUUGCCGUUGAAAAAGUCAUUCUAGAGGGCAAGUAUCGGACAAAGGAUCUUGGAGGGACAAGCACCACCCAAGAAGUUGUCGAUGCAGUAAUAGAUGCUUUAGAUUGAUUCAUUUAGUUGCUGAUUUCUCAAAUGCAAAUCAGCCUCGUAUAAUCUUUCCUAGUCAAUUUUAUCAACAUUGUUGUGCUUGUGCACUCAUCAAAAUUGGAAAUAGCAAUUUUUGUUCUGAAUAAUGUUCAUGCAACACAGAAAAUGAUGUAUUAUUUUUUUCCCUGAAAAAUUCAGAGUGAUAAGUGGAUUCCACUUCAA